GGUGCGUUCUAUUGUAACUAGCUAGGUUUGCACAUAACCAGUAUGCGACGUAUCGACGUUAAAUGUUUCCUAGACACUUAACUAAUGUCAUAUGAACACCUGUAAACUAUCCCAGUCGGUUUGUUGGAUGAUUCCACGACGUUAAGAUAAACAUUUGAAUUGUCAAGCGAACGAAAACGUUUUAUACGUGGUGGUCUUUGCUAACUAGGCUAGCCUCCAACUGUCUAAAAGAGACCAAGACCAAGAAGUGGAAAAGAGACUACACACAGUUAAAUUUGAAGAUGAAAUAUAUGUUCUGCUUUUCGUUAGGCUGAGGAACUCAAGAAAAACAUUCAUUGUCAAGAGUUGGAAGAUUUGCUUGUUGCAUUCCUCGACUAAAGUCUUUACCCUGCAAUGUUAGCUGGCCAUGUACUUCUAGAAAGAACCGUAACAUAUUAUAUAUACUUGGCUAAGUAUAUUUCUGUAGACUAGGCCUACUAAACUAGCCAUUGGCUAAUGUCCGUAAUUCGUCCGGAUAUUAGGGAUUCUAGACUAUUUCUAUCACUUAAAAACCAAAGGUAAUCUUUUGGUAUGGUUUAUUUGUUUGACGUUAGUGUUGAUAAGAGUAAAAUUAGGUGAAGAAAGGUGAAAGUCUUGGGGACGACAUGUAGCUAGUGAGUACCCUCAUUGGAAUUUUCCCUUGGGCGUUGGUGGUUGGUUUCGAUUUAACACCCAUCAGGUGUGUCCUGUGGUACACACUUUCCCUCUUAUCAUUCCCAGUGAUCUCACGGCAAGGAGAGUUAAUUUGACUUAUCUAAUGCACUAUAGCUAGGCUAUAGUCUAACAAAACCUCCUACCAAUCUUAAAACGGAAAUAAAUAAUAUAAAGUUAAACCCAUUAUUGCGUUCUCAAUAACUCAUUGCAGUCUCUAAGUCCUUUAGUCCUUCUAAAAUCCAGACAGAAUAAAGGGCGCUAAACUAAGGGAACUGACAUGACAGCUGUAGUAGGAAGAGUUUGGGGGUGGGUGCGUCCAGUUAUCUCCUACCGGCCCUGGGGCAGCAAAGCAGGACCUGACAAAACCACGAGGGACAAGCCAGUGACUGAAGAGCAGCAGACGAGAGGCAGCUGGGGCUUCUUGGGGGGGUUAACAACCUGGGUUUGGGGAGCCGGACAGAAAAGACAAACAAGUGAACAAACAACAUUGAUCGACGAGUACUGGGAAGCAAGUGAGGAGAAAAUCCAGUCCAGGGAAGUUGAAGAGCUGGGUGCGGGAAAGCAGGAGGCUGAGGGGAAAGCAGAACAUGGUAACUCCAGAUGGUGGAAUAAGAUUCUGCCACCCUCACACUUAUUCUGGCCGAGAACAGCUGAACCUGGUGGGCUAAGUCAGAGGAAAUGUGUCGGUGCAGGAUGGGACUCUGACAAAGAUGGGGAGUAUUCUGACUACGGAACCCCUCCACCUUCUCCCACACCUAGCUCCUCAUCAGCCUUCCGGUUCUUUGCACUCGCCUGGAAUGGGGUGAUAGUUCCGGAACACUUUGAGAUCUGUUUCAACCUCCUUCGUCACCUGUUUGACCUGUUGGUGGUGGGCUUCCUGUGGACUGUGUCCCCCCCUACCAAGUUGGUCCUGGAGGUUCUAGGGGUUCAAGGAGGACUGAAGUUGUGGCUCCAUGGAAUGGCCAUGUUUUCUGUCUCCACUGUUGGAAUGGCGGGACUGCUUUGGUUGGUCCAAGAGUAUCUUCUACAGUUUGCUCUGUUGUAUGGCAUCGUGCAAGCACUGGUCAUCUCUGUCAGCAUCCAGCAGAGUGUGAUCCUAGGAGAGGGGGAUGAGGAGUAUGAAAAGGAGGUGGAGGACGUGGAAGUGAGAGACGAUGAGGAAGUUACAGAGAUGUACUUGACUACAAAGGAAAGAUGAUCCUUGAAUGAAAGUUUGUUUUGACAAUCAUCUGACAUGCAGGGAAGAGGGAUGUUUUGAAAAGCCUGACAUGCAGGGAAGAGGGAUGUUUCGAAAAGCCUGACAUGCAGGGAAGAGGGAUGUUUUGAAAAGCCUGACAUGCAGGGAAGAGGGAUGUUGUUUCGAGAGCCUACCAAUGCAAAGACCAAGAGCCAUGAAAAGAGCUGAGCCCAGCUGAUACUGCAAUGAGGAACGACAGAGGCUGGAGGACUUUAGGCUAACACUUCACUACUGUGAUAUUCAGUGGCGCUGUAGCAAAGCACAUCCACUACAAUCUUUGUCAUCUAGGCCCAGUGAUACCACUGUUGUCAUCUAGGCCCAGUGAUACCACUGUUGUCAUCUAGGCCCAGUGAUACCACUGUUGUCAUCUAGGGCCCAGUGAUACCACUGUUGUCAUCUAGGACCCAGUGAUACCACUGUUGUCGUCUAGGGCCCAGUGAUACCACUGUUGUCGUCUAGGGCCCAGUGAUACCACUGUCGUCGUCUAGGGCCCAGUGAUACCACUGUCGUCGUCUAGGGCCCAGUGAUACCACUGUCGUCGUCUAGGGCCCAGUGAUACCACUGUCGUCGUCUAGGGCCCAGUGAUACCACUGUCGUCGUCUAGGGCCCAGUGAUACCACUGUUGUCGUCUAGGGCCCAGUGAUACCACUGUUGUCGUCUAGGGCCCAGUGAUACCACUGUUGUCAUCUAGGGCCCAGUGAUAAAACUGUUGUCGUCUAGGGCCCAGUGAUACCACUAUCGUCGUCUAGGGCCCAGUGAUACCACUGUCGUCGUCUCGGGCCCAGUGAUACCACUGUCGUCGUCUCGGGCCCAGUGAUACCACUGUCGUCGUCUAGGGCCCAGUGAUACCACUGUUGUCGUCUCGGGCCCAGUGAUACCACUGUUGUCGUCUCGGGCCCAGUGAUACCACUGUUGUCGUCUAGGGCCCAGUGAUACCACUGUUGUCGUCUAGGGCCCAGUGAUACCACUUGUCGUCUACGGCCCAGUGAUACCACUUGUCGUCUACGGCCCAGUGAUACCACUUGUCGUCUAGGGCCCAGUGAUACCACUUGUCAUCUAGGGCCCAGUGAUACCACUUGUCAUCUAGGGCCCAGUGAUACCACUUGUCAUCUAGGGCCCAGUGAUACCACUUGUCAUCUAGGGCCCAGUGAUACCACUUGUCGUCUAGGGCCCAGUGAUACCACUUGUCGUCUAGGGCCCAGUGAUACCACUGUUGUCGUCUACGGCCCAGUGAUACCACUUGUCGUCUAGGGCCCAGUGAUACCACUUGUCGUCUAGGCCCAGUGAUACCACUUGUCGUCUACGGCCCAGUGAUACCACUUGUCGUCUAGGGCCCAGUGAUACCACUUGUCGUCUAGGGCCCAGUGAUACCACUUGUCGUCUAGGGCCCAGUGAUACCACUUGUCGUCUAGGGCCCAGUGAUACCACUUGUCGUCUAGGGCCCAGUGAUACCACUGUUGUCGUCUAGGGCCCAGUGAUACCACUGUUGUCGUCUAGGGCCCAGUGAUACCACUUGUCGUCUAGUGCCCUGUGAUACCACUUGUCGUCUUAGCACAGUUCUAUUGUUACAGAAUCCUGUUUCCUUCUAGUUAGACUUCUUUUACAUUCGUUUUGUUCAGACGAACUUUUGAAUAUCUACUUGACAGAUACCAGCACCUUUUUUUCCCAGGUUUCUUUCCAAUCUUAUUCCAAGCAGAUUGUGUUGUUGUUAGUUUUGGGACAUAAGGUUUAUUUGCCUUGUAUUUAAUUUCCUGUGCCUUAAUAUUUAAUAGUAUGCCUUUAUUAUAUUAUCCCUGUCUUUCUCCAUCAUAAUCAUCAGUGUUAAUUGCAUUGUAAGUAAACUACACAUUGAACAUGUAUUUAUCUGUUUUGUCACACGUAUGUUCCUGUUUGAAAGGUACGCUACAGUCUUAGAAACUCAACCGUUUAAAAAAUAUAUAUUUAUCUUUAUAAUUGACCGUACAAUUGUCUAGUAGUAAGUUUUACACAAUCACAUACAAACCAACAGUGAUGCUCAGGAACACUAAUUCUACCUGCAAGAUUUUUGUCUCGGGAUGUCACAAUCUGUAGUAGGCGUGUCUAAGAAGAGGAUUCUAACCAGUGGAGUCUGGUGGGAGGAGCUGUAGGAGGGCGGGCUCAUUGAAACGGAAUAAAUGGAACAUAUAGAAACCACGUUUGACUCCAUUCCACAAUUCCAUUUCAGCCAUUACAAUGAGCCUGUCCUCCUAGAGCUCCUCCCACUGGUUCUCACCCACAAUGCCCCUGUAAUUCUAAAAGCUUUGAAGAACAUUUCCAGUUUCUACGAUGGCCUUUCCCAGAUAUUUUUGUAUUUGUAGCAUAACAUACAGCUAUCACAUCUUCACAGUGAUGCAGAAAGUUCUAUGAUAUAUAUAUACUCGUUGUGUGCUGAUAAUGGGACCUGUAAACAGUGAUACCACAUCAGUGAUUCCUCUCUGCCUUUUAUCUCUUGUGUUUAAAUGUCAUGUUUUGACUUGUUACUCCACGUGUUGUUUACAAAGAAAGAUGUCUUGUAAUGAGAAUAUGCAAUGUUCCCCCCCCCCCCACAAAAGACAAGUACUGGAUCACUGUGAAAAUGAUAAGGCAGCAACACUUCAACAUGAAAACCCCACCAGGGCCACGUUCAGUUGAUCAAACGUUGCAGAUAGAAAUGUGACGAAUAGAGCCGCCAAGGACUCCUUGUUCUACGUUUCAGAGAGGCGUGUUUGUUCUACAUGUAUUUGUAUCGUAGAGUUCCACGAGAGGUCAUUCUGAAUGCAUCCCAUGUCAACGUUGUGUUUUGAAAAGGGAACGGAUGUGUAAUGUAAACCACGUGUUGAGAAAAUAAACUUUGGGCCUGUUACUGUCCUAGAUGUCUAUACCCAUUACUGUACUGUAUACUGACUCAGCCUGAAAUAUUUCCACUGGGUAAAUAAAUAAAGAUGUGGCAUUUUUUUUUUUUUAAAGGUU